CUGCCCUCCUCGCUGCGCCCCCUCCGCUGCCCUCCGCUCCCACCCCACGCUCCUUUAUUCUUCGCGAGCCUCCGAUGGGGGGGGGGGCGGCGGCUGUGGAAUCGGAUUGUGUGGGGCCAGGCGCGGAGAGGGGAUAAAGAUGAAAAGUCCAUUUCAGACCCAGGCAGAACAAUGAAAUAGGCUCAAAUCUCCCCGCAUUAGCGUGCGGAGGGGAGAAGGUAGUUUGGGUUUUCAAGUCAGGGGCGGGCGGAGACGUUUUUUUCUGGAUGGGUCUGGGUAGAUCCGUAUUGUGCACCUUCUUCACCUGGCUGAUUUUUUCCGAUUUGACUGUCUUCAGGAAGAAAGAAAAGAAGGUAUGGCCUCACAUGUGCAAGUUUUCUCCCCUCACACCCUUCAGUCAAGUGCCUUCUGUAGUGUGAAGAAACUGAAAGUCGAGCCGAGUUCCAACUGGGACAUGACUGGGUACGGCUCCCACAGCAAAGUGUACAGCCAGAGCAAGAACAUCCCACCUUCGCAGCCAGCCACCACAACCGUCAGCACCUCUUUGCCAAUCCCAAACCCAAGCCUACCUUACGAACAGACCAUCAUCUUCCCAGGAAGCACCGGGCACAUAGUCGUAACAUCAGCAAGUAGCACUUCCGUCACCGGGCAAGUCCUUGGCGGGCCACAUAACCUAAUGCGUCGCAGCACUGUGAGCCUCCUUGAUACCUACCAAAAAUGUGGACUCAAGCGUAAGAGUGAAGAGAUCGAGAACACAAGCAGUGUACAGAUCAUUGAAGAGCACCCACCCAUGAUUCAGAAUAAUGCCAGCGGGGCCACUGUAGCCACUGCCACUACAUCCACUGCCACUUCCAAAAACAGCGGCUCCAACAGUGAAGGUGAUUAUCAGCUGGUACAGCAUGAAGUGCUGUGCUCUAUGACCAACACCUACGAGGUUUUGGAAUUCUUGGGCCGAGGAACGUUUGGGCAAGUGGUCAAGUGCUGGAAACGGGGCACCAAUGAAAUCGUGGCCAUCAAGAUCCUGAAGAAUCAUCCUUCAUAUGCCCGGCAGGGUCAGAUAGAAGUGAGCAUCCUGGCCCGGCUGAGCACAGAGAGUGCUGAUGACUACAACUUUGUGCGGGCCUAUGAGUGCUUCCAGCACAAGAACCACACGUGCUUGGUCUUUGAGAUGUUGGAGCAGAACCUCUAUGACUUUCUCAAGCAGAACAAGUUCAGCCCCUUGCCCCUCAAGUACAUUCGCCCGGUCCUCCAGCAGGUAGCCACAGCCCUGAUGAAACUCAAAAGCUUGGGUCUUAUCCAUGCAGACCUUAAACCAGAGAACAUCAUGCUGGUGGAUCCAUCCAGACAACCGUACAGAGUAAAGGUCAUUGACUUCGGCUCAGCCAGUCAUGUGUCCAAGGCUGUGUGUUCCACCUACUUGCAGUCCAGGUAUUACAGGGCCCCCGAGAUCAUCCUGGGUUUACCAUUCUGUGAGGCAAUUGACAUGUGGUCCCUGGGCUGCGUCAUUGCAGAGCUGUUCCUGGGCUGGCCGCUGUAUCCAGGCGCUUCAGAGUACGAUCAGAUCCGGUAUAUUUCACAAACACAGGGAUUGCCAGCUGAAUAUUUAUUAAGUGCAGGGACAAAGACAACCAGGUUUUUCAACCGUGACACAGACUCGCCAUAUCCUUUGUGGAGGCUGAAGACACCAGAUGACCAUGAAGCAGAGACGGGGAUUAAGUCAAAAGAAGCAAGGAAGUACAUUUUCAACUGCUUAGAUGAUAUGGCCCAGGUGAACAUGACAGCAGAUUUGGAAGGGAGUGACAUGCUGGUGGAGAAGGCAGACCGGCGGGAGUUCAUCGACCUGUUGAAGAAGAUGCUGACCAUAGAUGCUGAUAAGAGAAUCACUCCGAUCGAAACCCUGAACCACCCCUUUGUCACCAUGACACACUUGCUCGAUUUUCCACACAGUACACAUGUCAAAUCCUGUUUCCAAAACAUGGAGAUCUGCAAGCGGCGAGUGAAUAUGUACGACACGGUGAACCAGAGCAAAACCCCUUUCAUCACACACGUGGCCCCCAGCACGUCUACCAACCUGACCAUGACCUUUAACAACCAGCUGACCACUGUCCACAACCAGGCUCCCACCUCCACCAGUGCCACUAUUUCCUUAGCCAAUCCCGAGGUCUCCAUACUAAACUACCAAUCUACACUCUACCAGCCCUCAGCGGCAUCCAUGGCUGCAGUGGCCCAGCGGAGCAUGCCCCUGCAGACGGGAACAGCUCAGAUUUGUGCCCGGCCUGACCCCUUCCAGCAAGCGCUCAUCGUGUGUCCCCCUGGCUUCCAAGGCUUACAGGCCUCUCCCUCCAAGCAUGCUGGCUACUCAGUGCGCAUGGAAAAUGCCGUCCCCAUCGUCACUCAAGCCCCAGGAGCGCAGCCUCUUCAGAUCCAGCCAGGCCUGCUUGCUCAGCAGGCCUGGCCAAGUGGCACCCAGCAGAUCCUUCUUCCCCCGGCGUGGCAGCAGCUGACCGGAGUGGCCACGCACACAUCCGUGCAGCAUGCGACUGUGAUCCCCGAGACCAUGGCCAGCACCCAGCAGCUGGCCGACUGGAGAAACACUCAUGCUCACGGCAGCCAUUACAAUCCCAUCAUGCAGCAGCCUGCACUGUUGACCGGUCACGUGACCCUUCCAGCAGCCCAGCCUUUAAAUGUAGGUGUGGCCCACGUGAUGAGGCAGCAGCCAACCAGCACCACCUCCUCCCGGAAGAGUAAGCCGCACCAGUCAUCUGUGAGAAAUGUCUCCACCUGUGAGGUGUCGUCCUCCCAGGCUGUCAGCUCCCCGCAGCGAUCCAAGCGCGUCAAGGAAAACACACCCCCCCGCUGUGCCAUGGCACACAGCAGCCCAGCCUGUGGUGCCUCGGUCACCUGUGGGUGGGGCGACCUGGCCUCCAGCACCACCCGGGAGCGGCAGCGGCAGACGAUUGUCAUCCCUGACACCCCCAGCCCCACAGUCAGUGUCAUCACCAUCAGCAGCGACACAGAUGAGGAAGAGGAGCAGAAACACGCCCCCACCAGCACUGUCUCCAAGCAAAGGAAAAACGUCAUCAGCUGUGUCACAGUCCACGACUCUCCAUACUCCGACUCCUCCAGCAACACCAGCCCCUACUCUGUGCAGCAGCGCACUGGGCACAACACCACCAACACCUUUGACACCAAGGGGGGCCUGGAGAACCAUUGCCCUGGCAACCCUCGAACCAUCAUCGUGCCCCCCCUGAAAACCCAGGCCAGCGAAGUACUGGUGGAGUGUGACAGCCUGGGGCCAGUCACCACCAGUCACCACUCAUCCUCGUACAAGCCCAAGUCCUCCAGCAACGUGACCUCCACCAGCGGUCACUCUUCAGGGAGCUCGUCGGGGGCCAUCGCCUACCGGCAGCAACGGCCAGGCCCCCAUUUCCAGCAGCAGCAGCCCCUCAAUCUCAGCCAGUUCUUUGUUCCAGGCGAGAAGAACCUGGAACCUGUCUCCAGGAGAGGCGAACAACCUAGAACCAGGCAAUGUUUAGCUGGUGACCUUCGUUUUAGAAACAAGCUACCAGAUAACGCUCUUGCAAAGUCGUCUGGCUAUGUGCAAACUUGGGGUCCUCGUGCCUCAGCUUCCCAGAGAGCCAGGAUUAUAGGUGUGAACCACCAACGCCAUCAAAAACCCACUGUUUGAGCUUCAAGGCAUGGAACCCCAGAAACUCACACUGGACAGGGACCUCCGCUGACCCCUGAGCCGCUGGCUAAAUACUGAGUCCUGGCCCGCCCCCUGGUGGACUAGGCCUUCCUCACGUGGCCACAGCAGACCCCUUCUGGCCCCUGCCUCUCUGGAAAAUAGAUGCUAGACCCCUCCUCGUCACUCCAAUGCUAUCUCCUCCACCACUCCUUGCAAGGAAUGCUGUCGCUGAGACAACUGCGGACCCACACACUGGGGCUCUGCCCGCGGCGCAGUGAGCACGGCGCUGCCUUCCCACCUGCAGACUGCAGCAGCUAAGCCCUGCGCUAAGCCCUGCGCUUCAGCAGGACCUGCUUUGGAGCCAGGCGUCCUGGUGCCCUGGACAGGCGUCACUCAGCCUUGAAGGCUGCUGCCACUCAACCUUCCACACAUACCUCACUCACUCCGCUCAGCGUUUUCCUUUUUAAAGGCAAAUUUUAAUCUGGAUCCCCGCCCCCACUUGUCACGUGGAAUUGUGUUUGGGGAUUGCUUUGCUGCAAAUUCAAUAAGCCGUUCCGUUUGUUUGCCUG